AUGAAUUCUGACAAUCCCAAUGCCUUAUUUGAAUCGUUGUUUGGUGGCGACAAUAAACCCAAGAGCAUCGAUCCCUUGGUCUUUUUUGAACUUUUAUAUGGCAAAAGCCCUUCGAAAGUUGGUAAUACUACGGGUGGCAAUAUGGGACCUCAUAAAUCACCUGCAUCCUCUACGUCCAGUUUUGCUCAGCUGUCCCCUGACCUCAGUCCGGGUCAGUUGCCGCCGUUGCCAAAUGUGGACAAUCUUCUCUUUCAAGUGCCGAUCCAGCUUCUUGCUGCUGAAUCAGCAUACUUUCGAACCAGAAUGGAUCAGAAUGACGGACUAAAGGAAGAAAAUCCGAUCCAACUUGAUACGGAUGUGUCACCAGAAGAUUUUCGACAAUUAUUGCGGGUAGUUUGUCCUCCUAAAAGGUUCAACGCGGAGCCUGAAGUCUUUUCCUUCGGGCAGUGGAUUUCAGUCCUUAAGCUCGCUAAGAAAUGGGAUAUGAGUGAGGUUCGGGCUUACGCCAUCUCUGCCAUUAGGAAGCUGCCCGAUAUCGAUCCUGUGGACAAAAUCGUCCUUGCGAGGACGUAUGACAUACCGACUUGGCUUGCACCAUCGUUCAAUGAGAUUCUGCAGCGAUCACAGUCACUCACGGAGAGUGACGUCGAUAAACUGGGUAUCCCGACGAUUGUGCGUUUGAUGGAGCUUCGUGAUCGUGUCCGUCCACAUAUCUAUAGCCCAAAUGGAGCAUGGAUCCUGGGUAGUGCGAGGAUGGAAACUUCGGUUGACUUUACGGCGGUCAUUUGCACCGUAUUUCCUGAAUCUCAAGUAGAGGGUAUGAGUGACCCUAUUGAUGAAGGUAUACGUGACCAUGAUCUGGAUUGCAAUUCCAGAGUAGUAUCAUCACCUACUCCAGUACAAUCCACUAAUGCAACCGGUCCAGUAGCAGCAGGCAGUAAAGCAGGAUCCGCUAGAGCACUGAGUCCAGCAGAACUGCCUACAGUGGAUCCUAUGUCACAGAAUCGAUGUCCUACACCACUUGGUUCCUCCAGUAAAGCAAAACAUCGUCCAGAGCCUGAGUCCACUCUCUCCCAGGAUCCUAGGCCAGCUUCACUAUGGGGUCUACACAAAGCACCAUCAACGCUUGCUCUGUUCUAUGGUGUUGCUACGACUUUAGACUCUUCAUUAGAUGCUUCGAAUCCGAUAUCUAUGACUGCGGGCACCAAUAUAAAAAAUCGGAAGAAAAGUACGAAAUAG